AAAUUAAGUAUGAAUAGAUCAAAAGAGAGAGAUCGUUUAGCCAGACAGCCUUUACUUGAAAGUAGUCCAGUACGAGUUGUGAACAGUCAUGGUACAACCAAGUAUUCAAAACUUGAAAACGAAAUAGACAGUCCACAAAGGUUCAUAAAUGAUACUUUGUCACAACAGCAAUACAUGACGAGGCAACAAGAUGAUCAUCUUGAAGCCAUCAGUGAUUCAUUGGGAUCACUAAAAACCGUUUCAAGGCAUAUUGGAAUGGAAUUAGAUGAACAGGCUGUUAUGCUAGAUGAAUUUGGAACUGAAUUAGAAAAUACUGAUUCUAAGUUGGAUUCAACUAUGAAAAAAGUGGCGAAAGUUUUUAAAUUAUCAAAUGAUCGUCGCCAAUGGACAGCUAUAAUAAUUUUAUCAGUAAUGUUAAUAAUUGUGAUAAUUUUAUAUUUCGCAAUCUGAUUUCCAUUAUUAUUUCAUUUAAUCAUUAAAUUAUCUAGCAAACUUACCUACAAUGACUGUUAUUGGGAUAUUAAAAUAAUAAUAGUACAAAUACGUUUUAGUGUUUUACACAGUUGUUCUGAAUUAGUCAAAAGCUUGUGCUGCUAUAAAUGAAUUAAAGAUAUUUUUAUUUUACAAUGCAUAGUUUAUUACAUAAUAAUUAUCUUCAUUUUUUUGAAUAUACUAUAUUUAUGAUAUACAAUAAUAUAUUUUACUGUAAUUCUUUCGACUGUGCCAUUGUAGUUAUAGAUUCCUUAAAUAGAUUAUAAUAAUUGUGAUUUAAAUCCCCCCUUGGAGAUUAUAUUAUACAUAAAACGUAAUAAAAUUAUUUAUUGAUUAAAUUCUUAGAAAUAAAAUGGUAGUAACAUGUGUUUUCAGCACUUUAAAUGUAUUGACAAAUAUAGCGCAGGUAUUUAAUUGUAGCGGUUUGUAUUUGUAAAUAGAAAUGUUUGUCGUAUGAAUUAGCAAAGAAAUAAAACAUUUCAUUUCACAAUUAUA